UUUAUUGGUCCAGUACACGGUUUUCCAUCCCCAUUCUCUAUAUAUUAUAUAUUUCAUGCAUUUCAUUUCUGUAUUCAUCACAUCGUCAUCGAAUUCUCUGAAUUUUCUCUCUCCUCCUCCAAUUUCUCCAGAUUUAGAAAGAAUCUCAUUUUAUUAGAACAGAAUUUUCUUUGUUAUCUUUACUAUUUCGGUAUUAUUUGCGUUGAGAAAGUUUAACACAAAAUCUCGUUUUUGGCUAUGGCGGAAGGUGAUUCUCAACUUGAGAAGAAACAAAUGAUGAGUGGCGACGAAGAGGAGAGAUUGAAGUACUUUGAGUUUGUACAAUCUGCUGCCCUUCAAGCCAUUGUCUGUUUCUCUAACCUAUAUGGUUAUGCUAAGGACAAGGCUGGUCCCCUGAAGCCCGGUGUAGAGACUGUUGAGGGUACGGUGAAGACUGUGGUUCGUCCUGUUUAUAAUCGGUUUCAUGACAUCCCUCUUGAACUCCUCAAGUUUGUUGAUCGUAAGGUUGACGACACUGUGGUUAAGGUGCAGCAUCGUGUUCCACCUGUCGUGAAGAAUGUGUCCUGUCAAGCUUAUUGUGCUGCUCAAAAGGCCCCUGAGGUGGCUCGUGGUGUAGCUUCAGAAGUUCAACGUGUGGGUGUGGUGGAUACUGCAUCCGGAUUCGCAAAAGAUGUCUACACCAAAUAUGAGCCUACAGCUAAGGAGAUGUACACCAAGUAUGAACCUGUUGCAGAGCAGUAUGCUGUUUCAGCAUGGCGAUCACUCAAUCGCCUUCCCCUUUUCCCAAAGGUAGCUGAGUUAGUUGUUCCCACAGCAGCCCUCUGCUCUGAGAAGUAUAAUCAAACUGUGAAAAUAGGCGCUGAGAAGGGUUACAGAGUUACAAACUAUAUGCCUCUGGUGCCUAUUGAGAAGAUUGCGAAGGUGUUCGAUGAUCAGGAGGGCGAGACAGAGUCUGUUGAUGGUACUGCUGUGCCUGUUGCUGCACACUGACCUUGAAUAUUACUUCUUUUGAACUUGCAAAUUAUGAUGAAAAAAGGUUUUGUUGUUUAUAGUUUGGAACUUCUGCUAAUAGAAUGCAGUUUCCGUGGUUACUGGUUAGAAUAUGUUUUGUUUUUGUUCAAUAUGUAUGUUUCUAUGUUUUAGUUAUGGAGACAUAUUGCUUUAUUCUUCAGAAUUUUAGCUCAUGUGAUUGACUUGUAUAAAUUUGUGGUGUGGAUGCUAUUUCAAGAAGUGGACUGUAUAAAAGGUCUCUUAUAGAA